AUGGAACCUCUUAGUGCCCUUGGUCUAGCUACCGCUGUGAUUCAGAUUACCCAGUUCACCGGUCAACUGAUACGUGGAACGAGCCAUGCUUCUCAAGCCGCCGAUGGCCUGCUGCUAACCAACGCGAAUAUCAAAGAUGUCGCGGGAACGCUAUUAAGCCUUACGGAACAGCUUGUGUUCCCCCCGUCUUUCGUGACCCUGAGUGGGGAGGAAAGGCUACUUCACGAAAUUUGUUUGGAGUGUCGUAAAGUCAGCGAGAGUGUCCUUGAUCGGCUGGGGAAACUCCAGCGACAGCAGCCCCUUAACCGAUGGGACCAAGUGCGCCAAACGUUUGGCCAACUUCUGGGUCAGGGGGAAACGAACGCGCUUGCAACUAAACUCAGUAACAUCAGAGAGCAGCUGAAUACGGCACUGCUGAUCUGUCUCCGGAAUCAGCUUUCUGAAGUUUUCUCAAGGCAGACAGACCCCGGCGCCCUACGAUUCCUAUCACAGAUUCAGCAGGUAUGGAAUGCUGGCAAACCGUGGUACUCCGAGCUUCUUUUGGCCAUUCACCGCAACGAUUGGGAUGCCCAUAACCAACAUGAUCUCAUAGACUUUGCUGCUGCCCUUGAUAAUGGAACAGAGGGGGACAGGGAAUCGGACUUUUGCGUAGCCAUUCUUACACUACUUAAGUUUCGAGGGCUCCCUGACCGGCAUGAGGCAAUCCCCGUCGCCCACAAGAACACAUUCGAAUGGACUUUUCACAAUCAGGCGGAGUUUCCUAAAUGGUUACUGCGAGGACAAAAUGAAAUCCCUUUCUGGAUCACUGGGAAGCCAGGGUCGGGAAAGUCAACACUCAUGAAGUUCUUGUACAAUGAACCGCGAACACGAGGAUACCUCAAAAGAUGGGCCGGCUCCCAGCCUCUUAUCAUGGGUGGGUUCUUUUUCUGGAAUUCUGGAACUGUCAAUCAAAUGUCACAAAGGGGCCUUCUCCAGUCGCUGUUGUUUCAGGUACUGCAUGAACAUCGUCAAUAUAUACGACAAGUGUUUUCUGAGAGAUGGCAGAGAUACAACCAUCUACGUCGAGGCUUACAUGACUGGACUAUUGCCGAGUUACAACAGGCGCUUGAAAUGAUCAUCUCCGAGGAGCUGUUUCGAUUUGCGUUCUUCCUCGACGGCCUGGACGAGUUUGACGGAAACCCCCAGGUUCUAGUUGAGUUCGUGGGACGCAUUGCCGAAAAGGAUAACGUUAAACUCUGUGUUGCUAGCCGUCCAUGGAAUCUCUUUCAGGAUGCAUUCGAGCAAUCUCCGAGUCUUCGACUGGAACAACUAACGUACGGCGAUAUUCGGCUCUAUGUUUCUGAGCGCUGUCGGCAGAACCGACGGUUCGUUAACCUCCUGCAGCGUGAACCGGAUAGAGCGCGUGACCUUGAGACCGCCGUGGUCGAUAAGGCCUCCGGCGUUUUUCUCUGGGUGUACUUAGUCGUGGGGUCGCUUCUCGCGGGGAUCCAGAACGGUGACAGCAUAGCAGAUCUUCGCAAGAGGCUGGCUGCCUUGCCAUCAGAUCUGGAGCAACUUUUUGAGAAGUUACUGAAUACUGUAGAUGCGUUCUAUUUUGAAUCUCUGUGCCACCUGAUGCAACUAGUCAGACAUGCAUACCAGCCAUUGAACUUACUGACAUUCUACUAUACCGACGAGGCCGUGGAGAAUGCACUCACAGAUCCUAUUCGACCCCUGGGCCCCGACCAGGUAAUCGAUUUCCACGAGGAGGCGCGGCGUCGUCUCAACAGCCGGUCUAAGGGCCUUCUUGAGGCUCCGUCUUCACCCAAGGGCACAAUCCAAUACCUUCACCGCACUGCGAAGGAUUUCCUGCACUCCCCCAAGGUAUGGGUUCGCAUCACAGCCGGCAGCAACGCCCGCUUCGACGCCAACUAUACCCUGGCUUCGGCUUAUCUCCGCCACCUCAAGACCCUGAAAUCGAGUAGAAUGGGAACAGAAGAGUUCUGGAUACCAGCGAUCGGAUGCCUAGAGCACUCUGUGCGAGCCAUGUUACAAAGUGCAACAGGUGAACAACACAACCAGGUCCUUUUGUUGAUGGAGCUAGACAGGUCCUCGCGGGCAAUUUGGACAGCCACAACACCCGGAGAUCAGUGUGCGCUGAAUGGGCGCGUUCCACGUCGUGCAGAGAGAUGGCCUUGCACGCUAGGGAUCGACUACACAUUCGACGCACUCUGCGUGCGGUUGAAGAUCCUUCCCUUCGUCCGAUAUCAGCUCGAGCAGAAUCACCCAGGCCAAGCUGCGUAUGUUGCCUUGCUCCUUGCGGCACUGGGGUGUACCCCUCUUCCACCACAUUUUGCCGCCGCACAUACCCUGCUUGAGGUUCGCACUCAAGACCCGGACACUGUAGCUCUUAUCCUAAGCUCCUGUCCAAACCCAGACUGGAUACGCGAUAUACUGUGUGAAUUCAAGAAGAAUUGCAAUAAUAAAGAGCUACAAGCUGUGGUCUCAGCAUACUUACGGAACACCCCAAAAGUUGAUUCUCGAUUAGGCCCGAAAGCGUGGGUCCAAGGCUUUACGAAAAAACGAGGCAUGAUGUAA